CAGUGAUAGACCGAUAUAGAUUUGUAUCAAAAUAAUCCAAAGCUAUUUAUAAAUAUUAUUUUCUCAGCUUUUACUUAUGUUCAAACGUUAAUAGUAACGUCUGGUCUAUAAUUAACCCGGAAAGUUUAUAAAUAUUACAGUAUCCUAUGGUGGUGUCCUGAGUUACAUCGGGUUAUAAGGUUGCCAUUUUUAGUGAAAAUAGUGCGGGGCGUUUUUCUCAGUGGUUCGUGUCGUGAACGAUAGUGUAGUGUCGUUGAUGUGUCGCGAGUGUCCUUGGCUUACGUUGUGAUGCUUUCAGGUUCGCACAGAGAUGCAAGUAGUGUCAGAGCCGAGAUAAUACCAGUGAUUGAGGUGUGAGUGAAAGACUAAGGAUGCGGAUGCAGUGAGUGAUCAGGCGGCACCACGGCUUCGUCAGUGGCAGGAGGCGCGCGGGGAGCGGAGUCUCCUUCGCAGGCCAACCAGGACACGGUGGAUAACGCAACUCCCACCUGCUGGUGGGCAGCGUGGUCGGCCAUGGGGUGUUUCGGCUCACCUGGCGGCAAGAGCGGCGAGGACGACCGCAAGAACCAGAAGCGGCGCAGCGAUGCCAUCACCCGCCAGCUGCAGAAGGACAAGCAGCUGUAUCGUGCGACUCACCGGCUGUUACUCCUCGGCGCCGGCGAGUCGGGCAAGUCCACGAUCGUGAAGCAGAUGCGGAUCCUGCACGUGAACGGAUUCUCGGACAAGGAGCGCCGCGAGAAGAUCGAGGACAUCAAGAAGAACAUUCGAGACGCUAUACUUACAAUCACGGGCGCAAUGAGCACACUCACUCCGCCCAUACCACUGGAGAAGCCGGAGAACAAGGCGCGAGUUGAUUAUAUACAGGACGUGGCGUCGCAGCCAGACUUCGACUACCCGCCGGAGUUCUACUCGCACACGGAGGCGCUGUGGAAGGACCAGGGCGUGCAACGCACCUACGAGCGCAGCAACGAGUACCAGCUCAUCGACUGCGCUAAAUACUUCCUGGACCAGGUGCACAUAAUAAAGCAGCCGAACUACACGCCCACGGAGCAGGACAUACUACGCUGCCGCGUGCUCACCUCCGGCAUCUUCGAGACGCAGUUCGUCGUCGACAAAGUCAAUUUCCAUAUGUUCGACGUGGGCGGCCAACGCGAUGAGCGUCGCAAAUGGAUCCAAUGCUUCAACGACGUGACCGCCAUCAUAUUCGUGACCGCCUGCUCCUCGUACAACAUGGUGCUGCGUGAGGACCCCACGCAGAACCGGCUCCGGGAGUCGCUCGACCUCUUCAAGAGCAUAUGGAACAACAGAUGGCUGCGCACGAUCUCGGUGAUCCUGUUCCUGAACAAGCAGGACCUGCUGGCGGAGAAGGUGCUGGCGGGCAAGUCGCGGCUGGAGGAGUACUUCGCGGAGUUCGCGCGCUACAGCACGCCGCCCGACGCCGCGCCCGACGCGCGCGACCACGCCGACGUCGCGCGCGCCAAGUACUUCAUCCGCGACGAGUUCCUGCGCAUAAGCACAGCCAGCGGCGACGGCAAGCACUACUGCUACCCGCACUUCACGUGCGCGGUCGACACUGAGAACAUCAAGCGCGUGUUCAACGACUGUCGGGACAUCAUCCAGCGCAUGCAUCUGCGGCAGUACGAGCUGCUCUAACACAGAAGUCAGGAGAAGCGUACAAGCACCUUGGGCCGGCCGGCGACCGACCGCGAGACACCAAUGCCCGUUGGCACAGCAAUAUUUACUAUAUUCAUCGUCGUAUACAUUUACACUGAAUGUAUUCGUGGCUGGGGACACGGCGACCGCACCGCGUGAGAUGUCUUUGCUUUUCUUUUUUUUUUAAUUUUGUUUUUAUUUUUUUUACGUUUUGUUUUUGAAUAUGUUCCUUUUUUCAAUGUUUUCUUUUUAUAGUGGAGUUUUUUUGAUCGAAAUUUGAAUAUUUAAGAAAACUUUUAUUUUUUAUUUCUGAUAUGUAACUUAAGUUCUGGUAUAAAGUAUUUAUUUACAUAAAAUCAUGACGUGAAAGAUUGAUUGAUUCGAUUAUUAGGAAAUUACUCCAUUGCUUUUUUUGGAAUUUUGCAAUUUUUGCCAUUUAGUAACUAUUUACAUUUUACAACAUCAUCUUUUUAUGUAAGUGUAUUUAUAUGUUUACAAUAUUUAAAGUAUAUAUUCAUCCGUCAUGAAGUUGACGUUUGUGCUUUAGAAAUGAAAAAAAUAUGUUUUUUUAGAUAUUUUUUGUAAUGUGUUUUACUUUGUUCGUCAAAAAGUAGUCAAAUUUUAUACUUGUUCUUAAUUUGGUUCUUGACCUACAUUUGUGUUGUAAGAAUGAGCAGAGAAUUUUUAAUUUUGUUUGACAUCUUACACUAAAUUGAUAUGCGUGUAACGUGUGUUCCCAUUCAGUGGUCCGCAGGGUUCGCCUAGCCUUUUACCACGCGGCCAUUCUCACUGUGAUUUCCCGCUAAAUGCUAAAGGCUAUGGGGGCAACAUUCGAGAACUAUUAAAACAAAAGAUUUUUUACAAUCUCUAUUCCUUAUUUUAAAAUUAAAAAGUAACAUAAAUUUUGGCCAUUAUAAAGUUUUAAUCCAAAAUACGAACGCUGCCUCCAUCCAGCCAGAAAUGUCGUUCGCAUGGUGUUUCCGAACGGUCGUCCGUUCCCGAUACUGGCAACCAUUCGUCGAUUUACAUUUUGAAUUCGCCUCACUACGUUCCAAGUUUGAAUUGCCAUUUAUUUUAUUUUUCAAUACAUUCGGCUGUACAUAGAGAUGAAAAUUCUUCAUACAGCUUUAACUGUAGUGAUGUGAUGGUAUUAUAGGUUGUGACGAUUGUGUUUGACUCGUAUCGGUUUGUGCCAAUCGCGAAUGGCCGUGUAUGCCUGAUUUUAAUAACCCACUUUAUUUUUUUUUUAAUAUUUGGGUUAUUGAAGUCUGAGGUAGUGUUAAGCUGCCAGAUAUAUAGUUAAAUAGGCAACGCUGCCCGUCUUAGUUGUGCUAUGAAACUGUGCAAGGAAAUCUUUUAAUAUUAGCUAAUGCUUCGGGAUGCGACGGAAUAGACGAAUAUGUUGUGAGUGAAGUAGAGUGCGUUUCUUUUUCAUCAAAAAUGUAUUUUGUCAUCAUGUUGGCAAUAAAGUUAUAUUGCAAAUUAUUAGUUGCAUUCAUCGUAAAUGGCGAUUACAUGAAAAUCCUAAGUGAAGGCGUGUGAACAGCAAUUUUUUAUUAUUUUAUACCGUCGACAUUAUGCCAAAGCAAUGUGGAGACUGAGAAACGCACUCUAUGGUACAAAUGUAACGCAGUCCUGUAGACUGACGCCUGGUCGUAAAGGCAUUGAAAUAUACAAGAAAUAAUGUGAUUAUUCAUUUUGUGGAGGUUUUUGUCUUGACAAGCCUUGUGAGGUAAUUGUUCCUCUUUCCCAAUUCUAUUUCCUAUUGGCUGUAGAAUGGAAGAAUUAAGGUCACAGCCGAUUUAUACGCCGCUCACGCAAAAUUUACUUUCAUUGAAAAGUGAGCUUAAAUGGGUACUCUGUAGUUUAUUGAUGUUCAUUGACAAGCUUUAAGCGAAGUGACAGCGAGCAGUCUGCAAAUUUUUGUCAAUGUUAAGUAUGUCUUCAGAGGACUCUAUUAAGCUCAUAUUUCAAUGAAUACAAUUUAUCCUGGUGUGAGCGGUGUUGUUUAAGUCUGCUGCGACUUUUAAAAGGGAAUUAACAAAAAAACAAAAUGGCGUCCAUACGGACGGCUAUCUAUACCAUUGUUUAUAUUAAGGAUCAUCAAAAUAGGUCACGAGGCUAAAUUUCAAAUUUAUUUUUCUCCUUUCAGGAGAUACAAUUUUCGGAUUAUUUUUUUUUUACAAAUGCAUAUCACUCGUUGUAUAUUAUGCUCAAAUUAGGCCAAAUUUUCAUUGUUUUUUUUUUUUAUCAAAUGACAUAUUACACAAAAUGCCGCACGAAGUUGACGUAAAAAAUAUACGUUUUUUUUUUAAACUUGAAGUUGUUGUGUGUAUAUUUUUGAUUGCAGAUCACUGUUUUUUUUUAAGUAAUUUUAUAUAUUGAUUUGAAGGGCGAUUUCAAUAAUUUUAUUUUAGAUAUAUUUAGUUACGAUUGUACGUCUUCCAGUUUAAAUAUAGUUAUUAACUUUGUUUUUAUUCAUUGACCUAGAAUUAUAGCACAAUUGUUUGACUAAACACUGUAUGGCAGCUUUGCUAUAGUUUUUAACAUUGUCGCGUGCGAUUGUGCAAAAUUUACUUUAUAAACGUAGCAGGACACUUCUAGAUAUAUUAGGCCGUUUUUAAUUUAUAUUUUUGAUUUAUCAAUUAUUUAGUCUUGUUUUACAUUGUAUGCACAUGUUAAAGUAUAUUAUACACGAUCGCACACAUUUAUGACGCGCAGAGCUUCUAGUUUAACGUUUAAGGCCCAAAGAUAAGCCGCAUGAGAUGCGGCCUUUAGGAAUAAACUGUUAGCAGUAUUUCAAUUGAAAUAAUUUAAAAUAUUCAAUUAUGUUAUGUCUGAUUGUAUCUAAGAUGGACACAGUAAAUAGCCUUAAGUACAAAUAUACUAACAGCUCCCUUUAACAUUAAUAAAUAUUAUUAAUAUAUUGUUAUUUAUGAAUUGGUUUAUGUACUUACCAUUUUAGGAAUUGUAACAUUAAACGAAAGAUCUAUCAUGUAAUUUUCUUAGUUUAUUUUUGAAUCUAAAUAUAGAAGAUUUAGUUCGGAAUUAUAUAUUAGUUUCUUUUUCUCUAAAGUAAUUUUUGGGUGUUUCGUGUGCCCUCUUUGGAUAUGUAAAAACAUCCUUAUAGUAAAAUAUUUUUAUUAAAAAGUAAUAUAUAACGUGUCUCUCGAACAGGUAAUAGACUUAUAUAUUUAGCAUAAUCCGUACAUGGUCCUUAAUAUAAGAAUGUUUAUGGUGGAAUAUUAUAUGUGCCAUAAAGUGUUGCCGACGGAAACACCAUAACACUAACGUUACCAGGUGAUAAAAAUCUACAAAAUACUUGUUAAAUAAAACAAAUUCCUUCCUAUCGUGUAAAGUAACAAUCGCUAAUUUUUGCUUCUUAAACACAAAAUCUUUUAACACUUAGUUAUUUUUGAAGUAUAUAAUAUUGAAAUUGUAUUUUUAUUUCGUCGUUUAAGUUUAUUUUUGAUGUAAGUAGGAAAGAGAACGUACGUAUGUACGAUAUAUGUUAUGUCAUAGUGGAUCGGCCGGCCGCCCGCUGUAUAGCGGCCGCCACAUGUCGACAUUGAUACUUGUGCGAGAAACGCGACUUCGUUCUUAUUUAGUUUUUUUUAUAUGCUUCUUUUUUAUCGAACAUGUUAUUGCUAACACUGGCUUGAAUAAAACUACACGCCUACAGACAUCUGACACGAGUGAAGACUGCUUACCGCCAUCUGUGGCAAGUGGCCUUAAGUAUUAAACUUAAGUAUUUGCAUAUAUAUCUCUUAUUAGUGAGUUAUGUUUCUUUUUAUUCUCCACAUUUGUAUCCAUAGUUUUUGCUUUAGACUAUAAAAUAUCAUCGUUUACUAUAUCUAUGUUUUUAAAAAUUAGUAAGCUGUCACAUUUGAUGUUCUAUACUUUAAAAUCAUUCCAUUUAUUUCUGUUCUUCUUAUUCUUUUCGAAUCGUCAUAGCAAACUAAUUAUAUUCAUCUAGACCUGUUCCUAAUUUUGUCACUGCAUUUGAAAAAAAUAAUUAAUUUUUGUUUUAGAAAAGUGCAUUUCUCGCGACAAGUCAUAAUUUUAGUGCAAUAAAUGGCGACCGGCCGGCUUCAAUCAACCAUUAUAUAGAUCAUUGUAAUAAGUAACAUGGCAUCUUAAACUUAUUGUAUAUGUAACUUAAAAAGUAAAACUAUUUGGUAGCUAUUUUAAGUAAGUUCUAGAUUAUCGCAAUGAUAUGGAAUGCAAAAGUAACAAAAUAUAUAUAUAUAUAUAUGUAUAAUGUAGGCUGCUGAUGUUGCGAGGGUUAAUUUUCCCUUCCAGUUGACGGCUAACUAGUCGGAGACAUUUUGACCGGUUGUGGGAUUUUUGACAUGUUCGUUUUUUAAAGAGUAUAAACCGUUUUCUGUCGUCACGUGAAAAUAGCCGAUAAAAGCGUUGCUUAAUUUAGUUUCGUUGCUACGUAAAAUUUUUUUAAUCGUAUGGCGUUUAUAGACAUCGUUACAAUAGGAAAAAUGAGUAUUUUUGAUCAACCCCCAUUAUUUUUAUUGUGUUACGAGAAAGAUUGUUGCUCCAAUACAUUUUUUGUUUAGCUAAUAUUUUAAAAAUCUCACAGUCGACAUUCUGAAGGUACAUACUGUCCUUAUAGAGUGCACGUUAUAGGUUUCACUUCGCGGGAAUAAUUUGAACGGUGUUAGCUUUAGAAGAUACAAGAAAAUUAAUCGAACAAACAUAUUGUAAUGUCGUGAAAUUUGUUCUGUCACAAGUUUUUUUAUAAGAAUUUUCUAAAGUAGCCAGUCUUUAAAACUAGAUCACUUUUUUUUCGUCUGUUUCUGUGGUAUUCUAAAAAUAUAUAUAUUCCAAUUGCUUAAAAUAAAUGGCGGUUUCAAAGGCUCACAGCGUUUGGGUUAUAGCUGUAACCGAGGGAGGAAGAAAAAAUACGUAAUUUUUUGUUUUUCUAUUAUAAAUAUUGUAAAGCAUAACUCGCGAAUCUCAAACGUAGCGCCCUCUUUAUGUAUUUUCCACAUUGAAGUAAAUAAUUGUUAUUUAUAUAUUUCACGCAUUAAUUUUUGUUAGUGUAUAAUCGCCAAAGUACCUUCGCCAAUCAAGAAUUUAGAAUCAAAGUUUUAAAAAAUGACCUUAUGUAAUAAACAUUUUAAUCUCUGAUCGUCUGAAUUUUCAAAAUGAAACUCAAUAUACCGCUAUCCGCGCCCAUUCGUACAAUUUAAGGAAAUGCAAUAACAAGUGAGUCAUUUAAUAUGUAUAAAGUAGUAUAGUAUAUUUUCUAUGUUUUUCGAUAUUUAGAUGAAAUACUGCCAGUGUCGAUGUCAAGUAAUGGAACGUACUAAGGUGUAAAGAAUUUUAGAUAAUAUCUAUCAGAUUUCAGUAUAGCGUUUUGCCAACCAUGCACUUUUCUUUCAUAUUACAGAAACCACGGCAGUAAAUGCAUGGUAGAACUUUAUUGCGAGAUCAUCCUUGAGUAGGUACUGUAACAUGUCCGUUGCCAAUAACCAAAUAGUAUUGAACGAUUCCUCCUUUUUUAAAUAUAUCUUCAUAGUAAUUAAGUGAAUGUACUUGCGCACAAUACGUAUGUGAGGAACCCUUUGGUUUGACAAAGUGCAGCGGUGGCUGCAAAUAUUUUUGGUAAUAUUUUACCUAUCUCAGGAGUCGCGCUGUCCGCAAACCGACUUAGAUCUAUCCGUGUAGAUAUUUAAUGAUGGCAUUUAAACUUGUGCUCAUAGAUUUUUUUCAAUUAUAGCACAAAAAAAACGUAAUUUUCUCUCAAUUUUUCGGUAGAGGUCUUUCUUUACUAGGAUAUAUUUUGUAGCAUAGCUCCACCUUAGAUCGCUCGGGUCAGCACCGAUCCUCCUUUCCUGACGGACUGCGGUUUAUAUUUGUCAUGGUGUAUUUAAUCUUAAUACCUACGUUUAAAUAUAUACUGAAAAUCUAUAUUUUUAACAAAUUUAAUUUUAAAAAAUAUACCUAAUUAAUGAAAUUCCUAAAGAUUAAAAAUGAAAUUUUUAAUAUUUAUGUGUAUAGUAGUGUGUACUGCGAGGUGAUUAUAAAUAACAAACGCUUAUAAUUUUCGUCUCCACAGAUUUGUGCAAAGAGAAUAUAUAAUUUACUGUCCAUGAAAUUAAUAAUAUUCUAUACCUAACUGAUGUGUACAAAAAUCAGUAUGUUUCAGGCAUUUUGAAUCCGACUUAAUGUAUGUAAAAAUAAAUGUUGUUUUAAAA